AUGGAUCAUCUAAAGUUCAGUCCCUUAGCCAUAUCAGAAGCCAAUUUCCUGCAUGAAUCAUCGUUUGAUUCGAUAGACCACUCCUGGUUCUUAUUGUUAGGCUUCGAACAGGAUCAUGAAUAUGAGGUCUACAUGCCGAUAAACAGUAAUGAAGCAGGCUCACAGUGGUACGUUGAAAAGGUCAUACGAAUUCCGGUACAGGGAAACGAACAAAUCAAUCAAGAAGGUCUAGAAAGAAGAAUUAACUUAGCAAAAGUCACUCAAAGAAAUAUCCAUAUACUCGGAAUUCUGGAUUUAUAUCAGUUGGAACAGGACAAAAAAACUAACAAUGAAGUGACGAAGAACAUCCUUGCCCAAUUGACACCCUUAGAAUUGAGGUACCUGAUCAGGUAUAACGUGUCUCCCCCUCACGCUUCCUACCAAGAAGUUACUAAUAGUGUGAAGGGCUUUCAAAUUAAAAACCGGGUCCAGUUAGGUGCAGAAAUCACCCUUGAAUUUCUGAGAGAUAGAGUGCAAAUCGAUGAUAUGAAUGAUAGAUACCAGAUUCUCAUACCUGAUAAUGACAUGGGUCCGAAUUGUGGCGAAUUGCAGCUAAUCGAUAUGAAAGACAAAGAAAUCAAUAUUCAAGAAUAUAAUAAUAAUGCCGUAAAAAAACUGAUCGGGAGGAUUAAUCGAAUGAUAAAGUUCUUAGAAAGUUAUGACACCAACGGCAAAUCCUUCUUCGCCAGAAGAGACGUGAUACUUCGGAAAAUAGCAAUGCUCGUAACACAAUUACAAAGAGGCGGAACAAGCGAUAUGAAUUACUUACUAGAUAACAAGAUCAAUGAAAUCAGACUGUUGGAAAUUUCGUGCAAACAAUGGGAAAUCUCGAACGCAUUAAAAAAAUAG